AUGAUGAUGAAUAAUCAUAAUAAUAAUAAUAACAUUUCAGACCAAUCGAAUUUAAAUUCAAUUGAUCAACAUCAAUUGUAUCAAAAGUUUAAAAAGAAUCAUUUGGUUCAUGUGGAUUUAUUUGCAAAAGCCAAUGAAGAAAGUUCAUAUUCAACGAUUAAUCCCAUGAAACAAGUACCUUCCUUGUUGAUUCAACCGAUUCAUGAACAUGAGGAGGAGGAGGGUGCCAGCCAAUACAUGCCAAGCAAUGCAAUGACACUCACUCAAUCUCUCCCUAUUGUUGAGUUUUUAGAUCAUCUUGUACAAUUAAUUCAUGAGAAAACUUCAAAGAUGGAAGAAAGUCAAGCCUCAUCAAAUGUACAAAUGUGCUCUCUCAAGAAUCCUUGUAUGAAUAAUAAUUAUUUAAUUCCCAAACAUGAUCUAUUUCUUGAAUUUAAAACGAGACAAUUAAGUGAAAUUAUUAACGCAGGAAUUCAACCCAUGCAAAAUAUUCAAUUAUUAAGAAUGCUUCCAAAAGAGCUUCGUGGUGAACAAAACAAAAAGUGGAUUGGAGAGUGGCAUCGAAAAGGCCUUCGACAUAUUGAAUUUCUUCUGAAAGAGCAAUACGAGUCCAUUCAUAUCGUGAAAGAGUUAGUGAACUCUGGAACAACUUUAUAUUCGAUAAGAGAGUAUGGAAAGUUGACAUUGGCAGAUUUGUGUUUGGUUCCAAGCGUGGAGGCAUCUAUUGAGCGAACGGACAUUCAUGUGGAAGAGGAGUUCCCAUUCUCGUUUGCCAUUUACAAUUCUCUGAAAAAUUUGGAUGUUUUUACCCAAACAAGAAGUUAA